UGCUGUUGUGACAUUCGUCGUGCAACAACCCUCGGCCCGCGAGGCAGGUGGGGUGCGAGGGGAGAGAAGUGCGACAGGUAUGGUGUACAGGAGGACUGGGCUGACAAGGUGGGCCGAGCGCCGCUUGUGUUUUCCUCCUUCCUUCCUGCCUGCCACCAGUGGGCGCUGUCAGCAAGGCUAGCCUUUUAGGCGGCUUUUCCCUGGCGUUUCAAAGCAGGAGUCAGUGGAUUAGUGUCCUCCACCCGUCUUCCGUCCGCAGAGUGCGGGAUUGUUGACAUCUCACCCAGUUACUGACCCAGUCCCGCUCCCCCUCAACAACAACUCUUCCCUGGGGAGUGGACCUAUGGUUAUGGUCGUCCACCAAGCCAGGUGUGUUUCAGAAUAAUGGAGGAGGGAGGAGGCAAAGCAGAUGGUCUUAACUGGCCGGCAGUUAGCGACGAGCAGAGGGCGCUGUAUGAGCUGCUGUUCUACAGUCAGGGACCCUUGGACGGCUACUUACUGGGCGAGAACGUGAGGGAUCUGUUUCUCAAGUCGGGGUUGUCGCUGCGAGUGUUGAGUCAGAUAUGGAAUCUCGCCGACGUCAGCAAAGACAACGUGCUGAACGUGCACGAGUUCGUGCUGGCCAUGCACGUGACACGCGGUCUUCUCAAGGGCCUCCAGCUACCCGAAACCCUCCCACGCAAGCUGACCCCACCCAGCACGGAGCCAGUGCUGCUGCCGCCUGUCACACCCCAGGAGAAGGAGGGGUACACCCGGAUGUUUCAGGCCCUGGACUCCAACGGGCAAGGCUCCAUCAGCAGUGAGACUGUUAGAACUGUCUUUGAAGCCACGCGACAGCCACCCGAGGUGCUGGCCCGGGUGUGGGACCUGGCGGAUGUCAGUCGGGAUGGGCGGCUGGACGAGCAGGAGUUCUGCCUGGCCUGCCACCUCCUCCGCCUCGCCACCACCGGAAGGAGCCUGGCAGGACCCGUGGAUGUGUUUGUGUUACUGCCAGAGCGAGUUGCACCCCAGUCCUUACAGUCACGGAAAAGACGGGUACAGAAGUACGAGGAGAACAAGCAGAAGCUUAUGUCUCUAAAGGAAAAGCGGAAAAAGCAGGUGUUGCAAGAAAACCAGCGACUACAGCUUCAGCAGGAGAAACUGCAACUUCUCACUGAACUGUUCACGCUGCAGAAGAAAUCAGGGAAGUUAUCGGUAGAAGAAGAAGUUUUCAAAACAUAUCUGACCCAAGAAAAAAAAGAAAUAGAAAACCAAGAAGAAAUCGUCUUCAGACUGAAGAAGGAGCACGAGAGAGUGCGGCAAGACACGGUGAAGAUCAUUCUGGCCGAGCAGAAACUCAGCAGCGACAUCGCAGCCAUCAAGAAAGAUACAGAUGAACUGAACAGGAGGCUGAGCGCCUGCCUGACUCAGGCUACCAAAGACCCGGACCCCUUCCAUCAACUCUUCGAGCAGCGGAAAGAAAAGCGGCAGGGGUCAACUAUCAAAGACCUGGACAAGAUAGAGUUGUUCCUUCCCUUCUCUUUCAAUCCCUUUGAUGUCGCCGACAGCGCGCAGUCACUGUCACAGGGCAAGAACCUAUUCUUAGCUUCAUCUUCCGGAAGUGACAAUCACCAGCAGUGCUCCUCACAGAUCUUCAAUGAGCUGAAAGGUUUUGGCGAAGAGCUUCUUCUCUUGUGGACCAGUUCUUCCGACAGCGACAAGAUGGAAGAAGAGGCUGAGGAUCUCACCUUCAAGGAGGAACCAGUCAGUAUGGCAGAUGAGCAGUGGCUGGGUCUGAGAUGGACAGAAGGUGAGGGCAGACAGAAAGAUGGCGGUGCGUUGGGGGAUGUUGAGCGUCUGCACGAGAAACUGCUCGCUCUCAAGACUGAGCUACAGAAACUCAAUCAGUCUGGCUCUCGCCUUGUCUUCAGAAACCCUGAAGACUACUGUGCUGGGCGGAUCGCCAGGGAGGAGGAGGAGAAAGCAGAGCGCGUGCGAGUGCAGCACCGGUCCGUGUCAGACAGACGGUCAGGCCAGUCGGACAGCCUCCGAAACCGACAUAGUUACACCUCUCGCAACGACGGUGUCUCUCAGGCUGUGCGAGAAUAUCGCCAGAAGCGCCAGUCGGCCCAGAACCUGGAAUCUGCAGACACGAGUUCUCUGCCCGCACCAGGCGACACCACACCGCACCUAGAGGCUCCGAAAAGACCUCCACGAUCCAAAAAGUUGUCGCAACACCCCAACAACCCGGAGAAAGAGCAUCAGAGUGGGAACUCGGUCCCGCUGUCCUCCAAAAACACAAAGGCUCCUCCUCCUCCUUCUGCUCCUUCUACCUCAGACAUUGAAAUUCCGAAAGCUCCCCCCCGCAAAACAGCAACCGCAAAGAGUGUGCAUCAGGUGCCCUUCCACAGCAACGGCCAGGGACUGACACUUGGUGACAACUCGACUUGUGACACUGACAAUCUUUCUGUCGCGGAGAAGGUGAGGCAUCUUGAUGGCACCAUUACAGCAGCUUCCAGAACACUCAGUAAAACUGUAAGCACAACAGACUGUGACAUAAUUGCUAAUAAAGGUGAUGCUGUGACACCGACGGAAGUGGCUGAAGUUCGGACCCAACUACAGUGUGACAGGAUGCCUCCUGGAAUCGUGAGAGGAGAGAUUCUGUCUGAACAAGAAACUCCCCCUAAGAGCGGUGACAAACAAGGUGAGACGCAGGCUGCAGUUCGAAAUUCUGUCACACAGUCCGAGAGCCUCCCUGUCGCCAUGUCAGCGGAAGCAGCAGGUGUAGGGGUCAGGGGUGGCGACGGAGGGCAGAGUGUGCACGAGACUCUUCUUGACCUUGACCCCAACUGCCAUAGUGACCCCUCCUCAGCUUACGACUCGGAUGCAGACAGCAUGCCCCCGCCCUUGCCAGUCUCUCCCCCUCCUCCGUUGGCCGCAGCGAACCCAGCGCCGCCGACGACGUGUGAUGGCAACAUGGUGUUAGAGGAGAGUGAGAGACAGCAGCGGUCACCACCAGCGCCCACCACCACCGACAUCAUGGACCAACAGGUGAUGUGUGUUACUCAGAUGCAGACAGGUGUUUUCACACUGGAUGCCUCUAGGGUUGAUGGACGAGGUCAGCCACAGCCCACAGACAUCAGCGGCCAAACUUGUUUUGAUGGAUCCUUAGAUGUCGAUACGAGGAGCUCGCACAUGUAUACUGUGACCAACAACACAGAAGACACGGUUAUACAUGCUGGCAGUGGUGUGCAGCUGAUGACCGGUGUCCUCCCAUCCCCUGACUACUCUGAGGUUCGUGGGCGCGCGGUGUCCUCCUCCUCAUCGCAAGACAAGGGAGAUGACUCCAGCAUUGUCAUGAAGCUGGACUGCAGCGCGGGGAGGGACUCGGCCCUUGGAGACUCCCUGUCCUCCACCCAGGGUGAGCGUCCUGGCAGUCUGCAGCUGAGGGCAUCGUCGUCUGGCUCCUCCACGGACCGCACGUCCCCUCUCUCGCCUCCCCUGUCGCCUGUCUCUCCCCAUGACUUGUCUCCCAGGGGGCGCGACAUCGUGGAGAAGGCUCGCCACUUUGCCGACAUGGUCCACAAGCCCAGAGUUGCAGCCAAGCGCGACCACUCCCAGGAAGAGCUGGACCAGGACACGCUGCACGACUUGGAGCUGCAGCGCCGCGCGGCAAUCUCGCAGUCAACGGUUCGCCGCAGAGACGCCCAGAACUUGCUGUCACCCAAGUCAACAGAUUCCAUUGAACCUUCAGCACCUGCUCAGCUUAACUCCCAAGAACCGCCUUCACCUGAGUAUCCUAACAGUCCUGCUGCCAAGUGGACUACUGCUUCAGGAAAAGUUGUUGUUUACAGUGAAAACAUCAUCCAAGAGCCAGAAUCCACAGAGGCAGUAGACCGUGAAUCUAUUGCCAACUUGGCAACUACACGCCGCCAGUGGGAGAACAUUUUUAGCAUUGAGCCCCAUGAUCAGAGCGUGGCAAGAGUCAAGAAACAUCCUCCGAAGUGGGAAGUACGUCUGCCCUACACAGAGAAGGUGCAUGGAAGUUGUGACACUUUGAUACACAUUCAGUCACCUGCUGAUUCAACUUCUAUAAUGGAGGAUGCUACAUCAGCAGAGAGUGCCAUCGAGAAGGAAAUCCGACUUGCUUUAGAACGAGAGGAAACAAUGAGGCGUGAACACGAAGAGCUGGUGAGGCAACUGGCUAAACGUCAACAAACAGCAGCGACAUCUAGUUCCAUGGAGUCCAGCUCAGACAGUGACCUGCAUGCCAGCUUCAAUGAGAUGACAGAGGCUGACCGAGGGUCACGAGUCUGGAUUAGGGGGAAUGCAGCUCAACAUGAAGAUGCUGAACAGGAAGAAGCUAUGCAGCGAGCAAGUAUACCAUUCUAUUCUCAGCACAACAGCACAGUGAAAGAUGCUGAGAACUCUACAGAAAGCAUCAUAGAGCGCGAGAUACGCCUGCAGAGAGAAAGGGAAGUUGAGCUAGCAAAGCAGAGAGGGCUUUCUUCUGUCCAUGUUGAAGUGGUUCCAGUCUCUGCGAUAGAAUGCAAACCUCACACAUCAACAGAAAAAGAUGAGACUGAUGGUAGAGCUGCAGAUAUCUCAGCUGAUGGUGAGAGUGUAAUUGCUCGUGAACUGCGGGAAUUGCGUGAGCGUGAGGAGGAAAUUCGACGGUUGAGAGAGAAUAUGGUGAGGUUAGAGGUGACUGCAUCAUCAGCACCAUCAGUUUACAAGUCUUCAACUCAGUCAGCAUCUGCAAUUUCUUUGCCUGCAGACAAGCAUCAGCAAACGAUCGCAUCAGCUAAACAGCAUCCAACAAACACAGACUCCAGACAUUUGACAAGUGAAGCUGUGCCAUCAGAACCAUUGCAAAGUCCACCACAGCAGAAUCAAGAGACCCCUAUUGAGCGUGAGAUCCGUCUUGCAAGAGAGAGGGAAAAUGAACUGCGACGAGCAAAAGGUUUGCCUGAACUGAAACCUGAGCAAAGGCGUCUGCCAAGUAUUGAUGACAGCGACAGACACAGAAACUUCAGCCACAACCACAGUGUUCCAGAACCAGACAACAGCAUCAAACGUUUUGCUUCUAAUCGUCUGCAGCAGGAGAUCUUAACUCAACGCAGUCGAGAGAUGGAAUUGAAGGGGGAGGGCAAGAUCAUCACUACAUCAGAGGAGCACAUUCAGCCACUGCGGUACAGUGAAGUUACAGGCCAGGAUAGGGUAGACGGCACAGUGAAGCGUAAUUUUAAGACACCUGGUCAGAAGGCCAAUGCACAUUCAACAGACAGUGUGCCUAAUGAGGCAAAUGCAAAUGCAGUGCCUUCACAUUCAGGUAAACUAGCUGUGGGGAAGAAAACUCACCUGUCUGGAGGAGCAUCUUUUUCCUACCAUGAGUUCAAGCAAACAGCUGAGUCCAAGAUUGAGCGGGAACUCAGAGAAAUGAGAGAGCGAGAGGAGGAACUAAGGCAACAGCGGACAGCAACCUUCACCUCACCUAGUUGACUUUCCUGCGUUGUUUGUGGAUGUUGUGCACUCCAGGCCAGAAGGCUGUCAUAAGAUAUUGCUGGACAGAAGAUUGAUGUGAAGUAAAAUCACAUUGAAAUUUCAACCAGUGUUUCCUGAUUAAGUACAAAAUGACAAAAGAAAAGUGCACAAAUUAGAAUUAAAGAUGAUGCUCUAUUGCUUAAUGAAAAUCUGAAUUUUGCCUUUAUGCUUGUAAGAAGUUUAUCAAAAUUGAACACAAACUGUCUUAUUGAAUAUGGUGCUUGCAGCCUCAAGUAAGUUUCCAAAGCUAUUUUUAUUGUUUAAAAGUGUCUUGGAGUAGUCCCACAUUCUACUCCUCCAUGAUAGUCAUUGAUACAUAUCAAAGAUAUUCAAGACUUCAAAGUACAUAGGGCUUAGCAAAGUGUAGACUAAAUUUAGCAUAUGAUUUUACAAUUCUGCUGCAGGAUGAUCUUAGAAUGUAGCUGAGAAGCAAACUCAAUCAGUUAAACUGCAUUUGUGUGAAUGGUGGUGCUUAUUACUAUCUCAACUGAGUGGUUUGCUUGCAAAGAGAGUUGUUUUUCCUGAUGUUGAAUUUAGAAAUGUAGAAUAUUUUCGAAUUUCAUUGGACUGGUGUUACCAUAAACAUAGUGCUCCAAAAUACAUCCUGAAGUUUGUCAUAAAAAGUAUAAUAAUAGUGCUUGAAACAUAAAUUCAAGAGAGUGAAGAUUUUGCGGGCUCUGUAUGGCAGAGAAGACCCAUGCAACCAAGCCUAUGAACAUGCACAGUCUUGCCACACUACACAAGGACACAACUUCUCAGACUGAAGGAUCUUAAAAGUCUCUAGAAGGAUUUAGUAAGUGAAUAUUUCAUCAGAAAUCUCAUUCUUUUGUUAAGCUAGUGCUCCAUAGAAAAAUGAAAAUAGCACUGCUUCUUUCAGGACAUUUGCAACAGCAAAUGAUGAAUGAAUAGAGCAAUAUUUAUGUACCUGCAGCUAAUUUUAGUAGUGAUUUUUUUUAAACCUGCCAGGUUAAUGUUUGUAUAUAUGUUAUAUGGAAGGAGCUAUAUGUUAAUUGUUUCCAAGUUAAAACUAUAUAACCUAUUUAUAUAUUUAAAUGAUGUGGAUGCUCUUUAUGGAUAAAAUUUUUUUUAUCAGUUUCUGGAGCAAACAAAUUUAUACAUAUUGGAUAUUUUACUUAUUUUUAUUCUGUGAUCUAUAGACAUUCCCUUCAGAAAUCACUUUAUCACAGAAACAAAUUAGAGAAUGCUUUAAAACCAAGAUUUAUUAGAUAAUUUGUGCCUUAUCUGAAUACAUAAAAAACAUUGGCUUAACAAUGCAUCUGUAUAUGUAGAGAAGACAAGUUCCCAACAGGUGUUCAGAUGUGAGGUGAUGAUCAAAUACAAUAGGUGGAUUUACAUCAGUGGUCCCCAACCUUUUCUCGCUCGAGGGCCGCACUGGACAUGAUAUAAAAUCUUGCAGGCCAGAACAUGAUGGUUUUGCCAGAAUCGUAACAUUAAAAUGAAAUUAUGUUGUCUUGUUAAAUGAGCGGGCCAGAUGAGGCACCUUUUUGGACCAUAGGUUGGGCACCCAUAGUUUAUAUGAUUGAGCCGCUCAUAAUUUAAUUAGCAUGGGCGUUUUGAGGUUAUAGAAAGAAAAAGCCUCACAUGCCUUGAAGUCCUGGAGCACUGUCAAAAUAAUCCGACACUGACCUCCAGCAUUUCUUUAGCUUCUCUAUAUGAACUGAUAACCUGUGUGAUUUAACAUUGUGAGCUCUAAGCGUCCUGUACAUGUGUAUGCAUCCUGUCUUAGCAUACAAAAGUCACAUUUAUAAGUAAUUUGAAAUAAUCAGACUGAUACAGUGAUGAGCAAAGAGAACAUGAAAACAUCAAACAAGUCUAUGCAAUCUCUCUCUAUAUAUAUAUAUACUUAAAUAUCAAAUAUAUAUUUUUAAGAAACUGCUGUGCAAGGUUUUUUUCCUCCAAUAAUCCAUAACUGUGGAGCCAAUACAGAAAACAUUGUAAAUACAAUUAUGUGUUUAUGGUGCAGUUAUAUAUAUAUCAGUACUUUGUAUCUUGUAACCUGGAAGUACUUUUCUUAUGUAUUCCAAGAGUCUUUAUAAAUCUUCUCCCUUUACCCCCCAUGUGACAUUAAAAUUUGCCUCAUGCACACCAUUCUAUUCAAAUUUCUCCUGCAUUUUCUCACUUAGUAUGCAGUGUGCAUGCAAGUAUGUGUACAUACCACAUAUGUUUGACAAGUUUAUUUCAGAAAUAAAAUUUGUACAUGCUG